AUGAGUGAAUCAUCUAAAGAUGCUAGAAAGAGAAGAAAAUUGGCUAUGAAGAGGAAAAAAUAUGAUACACUUGGAAUAAGAAAUGCUCAACUGGCCUUUUUAUCUCAGAGUAUUCUAUCUUGUGUUGGAUCAAUAUAUACUAAUGAAGAUGAAGGUGUUAUGCAUAAUAUCCUCAAUGAUGUAUUCACAAGCUUUGUUGAUAUUAAUGACCAUGUAUUGUUUGCAUCAAGUGAGACGAAAGAUUUGUAUUUGGUCUUAGUAAAUAAUUCCAAUACUUUUUCUUUCUUCUCUGUGUUAAUCGGCUUUUGGUAUGAUGAACAUGUUAUCAGAGAAUCUAAAGUUAGUCAACCAGUAUUUUCAAUGUGUUGCCUUAAAGGAAAAGUGCAAUUGCCAUUGUUGAAGGAGCCACCUGAAUUGUUGGUUUCGCUUUUGAAUGGAAAUGAUCUAAGGAGUAAACAUUUUUUUAAGAACAUUUGGGCAUAUAAUAAUUUGUUUUGUUUUACUUCUAUUGGUGGAAGGGUUGACACGUCUCUUAGUAAUGGAUCAGGUCCGUCGCAAUUUAUUCUCUGUGGCCAGAAUUACCAUAGAAUUGGUAGUUUACUCCCCGUGCCUGGCUUUAGCAGUCGUACGGGUUCUUUGGAUUCAACAUUAAUUGAAGAUUUAUUAAAGAUGCUUGAUGAGAAUAAUGUCGUUGCAAAAUCUUUUCGAAUGGCGAAAAAGUUCUAUCAGCAACGUCCUACUAAGGCUUUUUCCAUUCAUUUGUUUAGACAUCGAGCAGCAGACCCUCGAGUAUAUAAUGAGCCCACAGUUUCUGAAAUUGCUGGUCUUAUUAUUGGGGAUUUUGAUGGAUCGGAUACUGCACGUGAUAUUAUUGUUCAGUGGAGGAAUGGAGACUUAAAACGCAUUCAUGAGACACAUACAUUGUACUGGCCGUUGCAAUAUCCUUUGCUAUUCCCGUUAUUUGAGUUGAAAAUUCAAUCUUUGAUGACUGAUUUGAAGGAUGGAGUUCUUUGGACCUAUGAAUACCGGUUACAAACAACUGAAAUCAUGGAUGAGGUUAUAUCAGCUGAGUUACCAGAUCCAAUUAGAUUUCCAAAGUUGUAUAGUGUUGUUACCAAAUAUAUGAUUUAUGGUCCUUGUGGUAAAUUAAGACCUUCUUCUCCUUGCAUGAGAAAUGGUGGCUGUUCUAAAUUCUAUCCAAAGAAAUUUGUUGAUGCAACAGGUUUUGAUAAAGAUGGUUAUCCAAUAUAUAGAAGGAGAAAUAUGGAAAUUACUUAUAAAAUAAAUGGUGUGGAUGUGGAUAAUCGAUUUGUUGUUCCUUAUAAUCCUUUGCUCCUUAUGAAAUAUCGAGCCCCUAUCAAUUUGGAGUUUUAUAACAAGUCAAAUGUCAUCAAGUAUUUGUUUAAAUACAUAAACAAGGGGCCAGACCGCAUCACUGCAUCAAUUAGAAAUGUACAAACUCAGGAACAUGGUGGUCAAGAUCAGUUGAUAUUCCAUUUGCCUGGAAAGCAGAAUCUAUUAUUCAUUGAUCAUGAUAAGAUUCCUGAAAUUAUUGAGAAGAACAAGUAUAAGGAUACAAUGUUUACUGCAUGGAUGCGAGCUAAUCUUAAGUUACCGCAUGGUAAUCAGUUAUUAUAUUCUGAAUUUCCAAAUUAUUUUAUUUACUUGCGUGAUUCUCAAGAAUGGGUUCCAAGGCAGAGAGGGUUCUCAAUUGGAAGGUUAACUUUUAUCCAUGUUGGUUCGGGUGAGAUAUUUUAUCUGCGUUUGUUGCUCAAUGUUCAAAGGGGUUGUAAAAGUUUUGAAAACAUCCGCACUGUUGAUGGUGUUGUAUAUGAUUCUUUCAAGGCUGCGUGCAAUGCUCUUGGUUUAUUGAGUGAUGAUCAGGAGUUCAUUAAUGCUAUUAAAAAAACAGCAGAAUUGUCAUCUGGUUUUCAGUUGUGUCAGUUGUUUGUUACACUGUUAGCAUCUAAUUCAAUGAACAAACCAGAGUUGGUUUGGAGAGACACUUGGAGAUUGUUAGCUGAUGACAUUUUAUAUUAUAGAAGACGGGAGUUGCAAUUGCAAGAGCUCGUGAUGACAGAAGAAGAACUUGAAGUUCUUUGUUUGAUUGAAGUUGAAAAAUUAUUGCAAAUGAAUGGCAGAAGCUUGAAAGAUUUUUCCCAAAUGCCUUUUCCUAAUCAGGAUUUGGUUUCCCAUUUUUCAAAUUCUAUGAUUAUGAAUGAGAUGAAUUAUGAUGUAGAUCAACUUCGAGAAGAACAUGAUGUAAAUUUGGAUAAAUUGAUAGAUGAGCAAAAACUGAUCUAUGAGAGAAUAAUUGAUACAGUUGCUAAUAAAAGACCUGGAUUCUUUUUUGUUGGUAUUGCAUCUUUAUUGCUCCCUAAUGGGAGGACUGCGCACUCAUUGUUUUGCAUCCCCAUUGAGCUGAAUGAGGAAUCUGUUUGUAGUAUUAAGAAAGAUAGUCAGCGAGCAGAACUCAUCCGUCGUGCUUCUCUAAUAAUAUGGGAUGAGGCAUCCAUGACGAACAAGUUGGCAUUUGAAGCGCUUGAUAGAACUUUCCAUGACCUAAUGAAGCGCUUGAUAGAACUUUCCAUGACUUAA